AUGUCCAAACAAUAUAGUACACAACAUGAUAUAGAGAAGAGCAGAUGUAUUGCGAAACAGAAGGAAAAACCAAACUGCAACAUUUUGUCAAAACACUUCAAGAAAAUUUACCCAAUUGGGAUACAUAGAACUUGUUCUUCACCCCUUUCUUUAUCUUCUUUGUCGUUAUCUUUGUCACAGAACUCAACUGAUUCUUCCUUGACAGCAGAUUCUUCCACUCCACUUGAUCAGAAAAUCUUAUCAGCACUACGGUUGAUAGCGCCACCUGAACGAAGAGAGGUCCAUGUGACUAAAAUUAUCCGUCAACCUAGUGCAAGUCCUACCGAAGAAGGAGGCAGAAGGAGGUGUAACUGGAUCACGAGCAACAGUGAAAAAGCUUAUGUACAAUUCCACGAUGAAUGCUGGGGAGUUCCAGUUUAUGAUGACAAUCAGUUGUUUGAGCUGCUUGCAUUGUCUGGGAUGCUUAUGGAUUUUAACUGGACAGAAAUCUUAAAAAGGAGGGAACUUCUGAGAGAAUCUUUUGCUGGUUUUGAUCCCAACAAUGUGUCUAAAAUGGGAGAAAAUGAGAUUCUUGAAAUAGCCUCCAAUAAAGAGCUGACUUUAGCGGAAAGCAGAGUUAGGUGCAUAGUAGACAAUGCAAAAUGCAUAACAAAGAUUGUGAGGGAAUUUGGAUCAUUCAGUAGCUACAUGUGGGAUUAUGUGAGUUACAAACCAGUGAUCAACAAAUUCAGAUAUCCUAAAAAUGUACCUCUGAGGAGUCCAAAAGCUGAGGCCAUGAGCAAGGACUUGUUGAAACAUGGGUUCCAGUUAGUGGGGCCCGUUAUCGUGUAUUCGUUCAUGCAGGCAUGUGGGAUGACAAUUGAUCAUCUUGUUGAUUGUUACAGAUAUAGUGAGUGUGUAAAUCUUGCAGAAAGGCCUUGGAGACAUGUCUGA